GCGGGGAGUGUGUGCAAGAAGAGCAGGAAGGGGGGGACGAGGUUGAGUUCAGAGGAGCUGACAGACCGGAGCAGACCUCCUUCAGUCUUACUUCGGUCCUGCUUCUGGUACUCGUUCGUGUGCUCGCCCAAAACCACCAUCGGCAGCGCGCACCGUGUCCGUAAAAAAACAAACAAAAAAAAUACCCGACGCUUGUCCCGCUGGUGAGAUGGACGUCAUUCCCAUGUGCAGCAUCUUCCAGGAGCUCCAAAUCGUGCACGACACUGGAUACUUUUCAGCGCUACCGUCCCUGGAGGAGUACUGGCAGCAGACAUGUUUGGAGCUGGAGCGCUACCUCCAGAGCGAGCCGUACGUGUCGGCGUCCGAGCUGAAGUUUGAGAGUCAGGAGGACUUAUGGAGCAAGCUGAUGUUGGCGUGCGGCGACAAGAAUGCCGACCCCAAGCUCAUCAAGGAAGAGGACGACCCCCAGCACCUGGAUGUGGGCUGCUUCCAUUCGGACGCCAGCAGCGAGGCGUCGGACAGCUCCGAGGAGCUCUCCCCAGCCCUCGACUUCCCCUCCGGCUCCUUGGCGGACAUUCUCGGCGACGGCGCCGACGACCUCAGCGCCGUCGUCAUCGGCACGCCGCCGUCCUCGCCGGAGCUGGUCAAGGAGGGCUCGGCGGGCCAGGCGUGGGCCGGCGUACAGACUGUGCUGCACGCCGUCGGGAAAGGCAGAACGGGCGGCGUCGGCGCGGAGAGGGCGGUGCUCGCCAGCGGGGAGGCGUCGCCUGACGGAAGGAGGCGUGUCCACAGGUGUCUGUUCAACGGCUGCAGGAAGGUGUACACCAAGAGCUCCCACCUGAAGGCACACCAGCGUACACACACAGGUGAGAAGCCGUACAGGUGCUCGUGGGAAGGCUGCGAGUGGCGUUUUGCGCGAAGCGACGAGCUGACGCGUCACUUCAGGAAGCACACCGGAGCCAAGCCCUUCAAAUGCAGCCACUGCGACAGGUGUUUUUCCCGCUCCGACCACCUGGCGCUGCACAUGAAGCGCCACAUCUAAGGCGGCGUUGGCGUGGAAGGCCCUGCGGGAUGAAUCGGGCGGAUGUUUCCUGACCUGUGCGACAAAGGCGAGGCCGGGGCGUCCCCCCUGCCCUCGUGAGGGGGGGGGAUCACGGCGUUCCAUUGAGUGGAAAAGCAGGAAGGAAGAGAAGAAGUCAAGGCAGGCUAUCAUUUGCACCGUGCUCAGUGCCUCGCUGUGGAGACGGCUCUUGAAUGAUGUAGUGAGGACGGGAGGAAACUCUUCUGUAUGGCUUUUUUAAUCCCCCACCCCCCACCCACCAUGGAGGAUUAUUGGGGAGUUGUAGGUGGGGGGGGUGCGUGUGUUUGGACUGUGAUGGAUGCCUGCCAUGGAGCGUGCAUGCGGACGUGCGCGUGAAUGCCGUCUAUUGUCUGCGAAUGAAUGCAGAGAGAAAGCAGAGGUGAAAGGGGCUUGUUUGUUUGUUUGCAACGAAAAAAGUGUGCCCCAUGUGACCUGGAGGUGGAACUACAGCUCCUUGCUUAUUUAGAAAAAGAACAAAAAAAGAAAGAGGCGAAAGGUGUUUUUUUUUUUUUUUUUUUUAAGUGCAGCUAAUAAAUGUGCAAUGUAUAACAUAGCCUGUCUGAAAACAUACACACUAUAAAGCUCAUUUUGUCGUCCGUGCCAUGACGCAAACUACGUACACUCGCAGCGACGCCACUCGGUUUUAUUGUUUUUUUUACACGCUUGUUUGGCACACGUUUCCAUGACAACCGCCACUGCAAACGUCUGAGAAUGACGGCGACUUCACAACUCGGCUGUAAAUAGACGGGAGCUUGCGCAUGUAAACCUCACCAAACAACGCGUGAUUCGAUUCAGAAUCGAUUCUCGAUUCAAACUGAUUCUCGCAAUAUAUUAUUUGGUAUAAACAUUCUACAACAUUGUCAAACAGGUUACUGAUUAUUAGAGUGCUGAAUAAGCACAAAGAUCAGCUAAAAAACAUGUUUUUAUGAAUUGAAUAAUCAAUCCAUCAUUUUCAAGAUUUGAUUUUAAUUAUAAUUUUUUGAAGCUGUUAAUUGUCAAAAAUCGAUUAAAAAAAAAAUCGGAUUAAGAAUCACGAUUCCGAUGUAAGUAGAUUUUUUUUAACACCCUAUUGCAUGUUUAAAAAAAAAAAAGCAUCACCUUCACAAAAUAAGGCACUUAAGACAAAUAUUCUCAAAAUUAAAGACAUGUUUUUAUUAAUUGAAUAAUCAACCCAUCAUUUUCAAGAUUUGAUUGUAAUUAUUCUUUUUUUAAGCCAUUAAUAAUUGUCAGGAAUCGAUAAAAAAAAGAAAAAUCGGAUAAAGAAUCACGAUUCCGAUUUAAGUAAAAAAAAAAAUUAACAUCCUAACGCAUGUUUUAAAAAAAAAAAGCAUCACCUUCACAAAAUAAGGCACUUAAGACAAAUCUUCUCAAAAUUAAAAACACAUUUUCCUGUAGACAAGAGUCGUAUUUUUUAUUUCUUUUUGGCAGCAUGCUAACUACUACCCGUAGACUUGGUUACUUUGUACUACUUAGUACACGUUCUUGCUGAGCAUAAUUGGCCUGUAAAAUACUCAGUGUUUUAUAACAUCCGUAGAACUUUUUACAUGGAAAAAAUGCGAUAUUCGAGAUCAGAAGUGUCCGAACUUUUUUCCACUAAAAGGCCACGUACUGAAAAGCCGAAACAUGCAGGGGCCAUUUUUGAUAUUUUUUUAUUUAUUAAAAAAAAAAAUUUUUUAAAAAAAAGAACGUUUUUUUUAAACAUAUUUUAAAUAUUAAAAGACAAAACUUUGUGUUUUAGGUGACAAAAGUGCAUUGUUAUUCAUGUCAAAUUUCAGCUUUUUUGUUUUUGCUCUUUCUUCCCCUACAUUCUGCCAUAGCGUUCUUUACUUUAUUUCGACAAUAUGCCGCGGGCCCGGCCAACAAAACUUGUGCUGUGGUCCGCCUCGUUUUGGGGCAGAAUUGACGGAUUAAACCCGUGACAGAAGAUCCCGUAUUUAUUCAUCUGUGGGCGUUCUCAUACUAUCACCAUAAUUGGAUGAAAAUAUGACCUAAUUUUGAUCGUAGUCCUCAUGAUGGCAUUUUUCCUUCUGCCAUUUUUUGUUUUAGCGACUAAACCCGGGGUGUCAAACGUACGACAGGUUUUAUCCGGCCCGCGGGAAGAGUUUGCCAAGUAUAAAAAAUGAGCCGAAAUUUUUGAAUGAAAGAAACUGCUGUUCUAAAUGUGUCCCACUAAAUGUCGCAAUAGCAAUUAUUUGUAUCUUUGUAGAUAAUGCUACAAAAACUGCAAAAAGUCAGUGUUCAAAAAUAAGAAGAAAAAAAAUACAAAAAUUAGGGGUAUUUUAUUUGAACUAAGCAAAAUUAUCUGCCAAUAGAACAAGAAAAUUCGGCUUGUCAAGACUUUCCAAAACAAGUAAAAUUAGCUAACCUCAAUGAACGCAAAAAUACCUUAAAAUAAGUAUAUUCUCACUAUAAUAACAAGUGCACUUUUCUUGGUUAAAAAAAAAAGAGACCUUUUUGCUUAAUAUGUUGAAAAAUAUUCUUAAAUUAAGCAAAUGUUAGUGCCAUUAUCUUGACAUAAGGAUAUGUGCUCUGCAUCAUGAUUUUUUUUUCAUGCUUGAAGUAAGAAAUGAUUACUUUAAAAAAGUAGUUUUAUACUUGUGAGUGUUGAUGACACAGCUUUGCAACAGUUGAUAUUCUAGUUUCAAGCAUGUUUUACCGUAUUUUUGGAGUAUAAGUCGCACUGGAGUAUAAGUCGCACCGGCCAAAAAUGCAUAAUAAAGAAGGAAAAAAACAUAAGUCGCACUGGAGUAUAAGUCGCAUUUUUUGGGGAAAUUUAUUUGAUAAAACCCAACACCAAGAAUAGACAUUUGAAAGGCAAUUUAAAAUACAUAAAGAAUAGUGAACAACAGGCUGAAUAAGUGUACGUUAUAUGAGGCAUAAAUAACCAACUGAGAACGUGCCUGGUAUGUUAACGUAACAUAUUAUGGUAAGAGUCAUUCAAAUAACUAUAACAUAUAGAACAUGCUAUACGUUUACCAAAAAAUCUGUCACUCCUAAUCGCUAAAUCCCAUGAAAUCUUAUACGUCUAGUCUCUUACGUGAAUGAGCUGAAUAAUAUUAUUUGAUAUUUUACGGUAAUGUGUUAAUAAUUUCACACAUAAGUCGCUCCUGAGUAUAAGUCGCACCCCCGGCCAAACUAAGAAAAAAACUGCGAUUUAUAGUCCGAAAAAUACGGUACUCAAUAUAGGUCAUAACAUCUCAGCUACAAGCUGUAAUAUCUCACUGAGAUAAUUUAGGACCAAAACCCUUAAAACAAGUAAAACACUCUAACAUAAAAUCUGCUUAGUGAGAAGAAUUAUCUAAUCAGACAGAAAAUAAGCAAAUAUCACCCUUAUUUGAGAUAUUUAAUCUGACUUAGAUUCCAGUUUUUGCAGUGUAUGUCAAAAAAUAAAGUGCACCAGUCGAGGGAAAUGAGCAAACUACAUAAAUAACAUCCUGUAAUUUGAUUUUGAUAUUAUUUGUUUAUCUUGAUAGAUUGAAAAUGAACACCAAUGAGUUGAUUGAUGAACAUUAUCACGUCAUUUAAUCAGAAAGUAUAAAAUAACGACAAAUAAAGAUAGAAUACUAUUAACCGCAACAUGUACCGUAUUUUUUGGAGUAUAAGUCGCACCGGAGUAUAAGUCGCACCUGCCGAAAAUGCAUAAUAAAAAAGGAAAAAAACAUAUAUAAGUCGAAAACUAUGAAAAAAACUGCGACUUAUAGUCCGAAAAAUACGGUAAGUAAAAAAAAACAACAUUAUUAUUUGUACAUUUUCAGAAUGUGCUUGUUCUAUUUUUAAACAAAACAAUCUGAAGUUUUCUUUAUUUUUAAAUUAUCGUGCCGUGAUUUUGCCAGUGCGGCCCACUUGGGAGUACAUUUUUAUCCGCGAGUUUGACACCCCCGGACAGUAACACACAUCAAACAUUUUUAUUGUGCAAUUACAUAAUUGCUGUCCGAAAUUGCAUCACCGUUUACAGACGAACCUUUUUAAUUCAUACUAGGGCGUUUCAAAUACAUAAUUGCUUAUAACACAAAAUUGUACGUUGCCAACUAGUGGCCUGGCAUGCAUACUACACUCUUCUUUUCAUAGUUUUGUCAAAAGUUGGGCAAACCUUUUCAAACGUUUCCAUGUGAGAAUGUCACAUGUUUGUGGUUGUCGUGCAAAACGGUCGAUAGGAGAGGUUGGAUGGAGGAGUGGCGGCUACUUUCAUCCCGUAGAAGAAGACGUACGUCUGGGAAUACCACUAACGUCGCUUGGCGAGUGUCCCUCAUCGCAGGCUUCUUUUUUUUAAUUUGUUGUUUGUGUUGUAAAUGCACUGUUGACCUUACUGAUGCCUUACAUAAGUGGCCUUGUCCUCUUCUACAUAACACACACACACACACACACACACACACACACACACACACACACACACACGGAAUAGCUUUACGGCAUACAUUCCCCCCCCCCCCCCCCCACCCCCGCCACAUUAAAAUAACGACAAUAACGACAAGACGUGUUUUGUAAUUUGUUGUUUUUUGAGUCAACGUCAACGCAGUGGGCUGUGCAGGUUCACUACCGUGUAGUGAACGUCGUCGUGGUCGGGGAUUUAUCAAUAAGGUGUGAGUCAGCGUCUCGGCCACCAGACGACCAGCUCGACGGGUUUAAAGCGCUGACACAAAGAACGCGGCGACAGGCCUGCCUUCUUGUCACACAAGGAGGCCAUUGUUUGCUUUUUUUUUUUUUUACACUAAGAGCUUUUAUAACGAGGGCCUCCAUUUUCAAAGGGGACCAAAAAAACGUAUGAUAAUAAUAAUAAUAAAAUUGCUUGUGUUUCAUCUUUCGUCAUCCUCGUAUGGAGAAUAAAAAGACGUAGAACUGUUCCGGAGGCUAGAAUAUUCUAGUUAUUUUAUUUUUUAUUUUUUUUUAUUUGCCAUGUGACUUGUCUGUGUCAAACAUGCCAGAAGCUUCCUUUCCUCUUUGUUGCCAUAACGAUGUUUGUCAUUUAUGUAUGAAUGUAUUUUCUAUGGGAAAGUCCAUAAAGAAGCUUUUAUUGGA